ACAUAAUGCAUUUCGGAAACAUGCUAGGUACAGUAAAUUGCACUAGUCUAGUGCAAUAGAAAGUAAAUGGGAUAUCUGAAAACAAAACAAAACUAAAGGGAACAUCUGGAUUUACAACCGCAUUUCGUUGGAAAAGGGGUGUAAUUGCAAGUGAUAAUGGUGUUUUAAAAGAAAACACAUUGACCGGAACAUAAUAUACAUCAUAAAAAGAUUUUUUUUUUUAAAAUAAUUAUUAUUGAAAAAUACUUUUUUUGUUGUUGUUGUGGAUAAACAAAAUAAAACAAGGUUUGUGUGAUUUUGCUAAAAUGCAUCACCAACAGCGAAUGGCUGCCUUAGGGACAGACAAAGAACUGAGCGAUUUACUGGAUUUCAGUGCGAUGAGAAACAACGAUUUGAAAAUGUUCCCAACAUCAAUGAUGUUUUCUCCCCCAGUAAGCAGUGGAAAACAUGGACCAACCUCUGUUGGAAGUGGACAUUUCACAGGCGCAAGUCUGGAAGACAGAACAAGCUCUGGUUCCUGGGGAAAUGGAAACCGCCCCAGCCCAUCUAAGAAUUAUGCAGAUGGUUCUCAAUAUAACCACAUGGGCAACCGGGACCUUGGGUCACAUAACAUGUCCCCUCCUUACGUCAAUUCCAGACUAGCAGGUAAAACAGAGAGAGGAACAUACUCUUACGGAAGAGAGUCAAACUUACAGGGGUGCCAUCAGCCGAGUCACCUGGGAGGUGAGAUGGGUAUGGGUAGUCCUGGGGCACUUUCACCUACAAAGCCAGGGUCACAGUAUUAUCAGUACUCCAGCAUUAAUCCCAGAAGACGACCAUUGCACAGCGACUCCAUGGAGGUACAGACAAAGAAAGUCCGGAAAGUUCCUCCAGGUUUACCAUCCUCAGUAUAUGCCCCAUCAGCAAGCACUGCCGAUUAUAACAGGGACUCACCGGGGUAUCCAUCCUCCAAACCACCGACCAGCACCUUUCCCAGCUCCUUCUUCAUGCCAGAUGGCCAUCACAGUACUGAUCCAUGGAGCUCCUCCAGUGGGAUGAACCAGCCUGGUUAUAGUGGAAUGCUGGGAAACUCCUCACACGUCCCACAGACCAGCAGCUACUGUGGCCUCCAUCCACACGAGAGACAGAGCUACCCGUCACACUCCUCAACAGACAUCAAUUCCAGUCUUCCUCCAAUGUCCAGUUUUCACCGCAGUGGCACAAACCAUUAUUCCGCCUCCUCCUGUACAGCGCCCACAAAUGGAACAGACAGCAUUAUGGCAAACAGAGCAACAAGUGGGACCGCAGGCAGCUCACAGACCGGCGAUGCCCUGGGAAAGGCACUAGCAUCAAUCUACUCUCCCGAUCACACCAACAACAGUUUUUCAUCAAGUCCUUCAACACCUGUUGGGUCUCCCCCUUCUCUCACAGCGGCAAGCACAGCUGUUUGGUCAAGGAAUGGAGCCCAGGGAUCAUCAUCUCCAAACUAUGAAGCUCCACUGCACUCUUUGCAAAGUCGCAUCGAAGACCGGUUGGAAAGGCUGGACGAUGCCAUUCAUGUGCUUCGUAGCCACGCGGUCGGUCCUUCCACAGGCAUGCCGAGCAGCCACAGUGAGAUGCACGGUUUAAUAGGACCAUCACACAAUGGGGCAAUGGGAGGACACGGGUCUGGAUAUGGCACAGGGCUCCUUUCAUCGAACAGGCAUUCAGUAAUGGUGGGAGCUCAUCGUGAGGAUGGCGUGGGAUUACGUGGCACAAUUGUGCCAAACCAAGUGCCAGUCCCCCAGCUCCCAGUACAGUCAGCAACUUCGCCUGAAUUAAACCAGACUCCAGAUCCUUACAGGGGCUUAUUCCCAGUCUCUGUCCAGACUCUCGAUAAGAAGAUAUUUGUUCAGGUUCAAUCAGCUCUCUCAGGUGGGCUCCAGGGACACAGCGUGUCAUCAGUAAGCUCGGAGAUCAAAUCCGAAGAUGAGGGGGACGAAAACCAGGAUACCAAGUCCCUGGAUGAGAAGAAAACAGAGGAGGACAAGAAGGAUAUCAAAUCAAUUAAUAGCAAUAAUGAUGACGAGGACCUAUCACCAGAGCAGAAGAUCGAGCGGGAGAAGGAGCGGAGAAUGGCGAAUAAUGCCCGGGAGCGUCUGCGCGUGCGUGACAUCAACGAGGCCUUCAAGGAGCUGGGGCGCAUGGUGCAACUGCACCUGAAGAGCGACAAGCCGCAGACCAAGCUGCUCAUCCUCCACCAGGCGGUGGCCGUCAUACUGAGUCUGGAGCAGCAAGUCAGAGAGAGGAACCUGAACCCGAAAGCAGCCUGUCUGAAAAGGCGAGAAGAGGAGAAGGGAUCAUCUGACGCGCCUCCUCUCUCCCUUGCGGGGCCACAUCACGGAUUAGGAGAUGCAUCCAACCCCAUGGGACAAAUGUCCAAGUUGCCAGAGUUCUUCAAAAUGAUGAGCGACCACUUCCUUUGACAACGUUAAUAUCUUAAUCCCACAAACCAACACUUUCCCCACCCCUUUCUUGUGUAAAAUAGAGACAAAUGCAAGUAGCGUAGAAACACAGACACAAGAGGUUUUUUCAGCAUUCCCGAUAACGUUAAUGUGCAACUUGAGGUGAACAGCUCUCUAAACAUAUCAUUAGGAAUGUUCAACAAUGUUGCAAGCUGUUGUGCACAGCCUAGAGACUGAAUGGCAAUCUUCUCCACACUGUGGAACAAUGCAUUUGUGCCUGAACUUCUUUUGGAAAAAAAAAUAUAAUCAAUUUGUAAGUCUUGGGAAAAAAAAAAUAUAUAAUUAAAAAAAAUUGUAAAACUUGCAAUAAUGAAAAAGUGUACUUCGAAAAGAAAAAAAAAGUGUCGUUGUUCUAGUCAGCUAGUGUUUCUAUUUACUGGAGGAUAAAGGGAAUCAUUGCUGCCCCUAUAGCUACGUAAACCAGCAAAUGUCCUGAUUAUAACUUUAUUCAUAUCAUUAGCCAUUCCUUUGCAUGGGAAGAGCAGAUGGAUCUUAUGAGCAUAGGGGAGAAAGGCAGUAGUUUUUUUUACUGUUGCUUAUUUGCUGGGCUUAUGCUGUUAUGCAGUGUGAGAUGGAAAUGAGCUAGAUGAGUAGAAUUUAGUGAAUCUUUUUUUGUACCUACUAAGACCUCUCAAGACUUGCUUUGUAGGUACUGUAUGGCUCAGACUUACAUUGCUGUUGACUAGCUCUGCGUACGUUUUCCAUGGGGAAAACCCUGUAUCCAGUGCCAUGGCUAUGGAUAAAUUAAAGCCACGUGAGCUAAGGCACAUUUAGCUUUUUUAGUCUAACCCAGGUUACUCCUUACAACCCAUCCCGACCCCACUCCCCAGAGAUGCAAUGUUAAAAUGCUACAGUUUUACCAAUGUGCCUUUUAGAGUUCAUAUCAUUAAAGGGAACAGGAGGAUGCUAUCUGAACUUUUUAGGAUGAAAGCUUAGGGAACUUGUUGGUCAUUAGGUCUAUGCAGUCAGGUUUUUUAUAACCUGUUAAAAAAAUAAAUAAAUAAAAAAAACAAGAAAAAAAAAAGUAUUUUUUGGAUAAACUGUAUUUAAUGUAUUGUAUGCUUAUAAAUGUAAUUUGGAGACGUGUUCCUGGACGAACCUGUUUAUGAAAAUUAUCCCAAGUUGUGGCGCGGUUUCGUACUUAGUGAAAAGGCACGUCAAGAAACAAGUUUUGUAUAGGUCUUAAGUAAUGGCUUUCUGAGAGCCACAGUAGUCUUUCAGUACAGUAUGUGGUUGUAUGUGUAGAUUUGAUUUUUAGUCUGUUUUGGUUUCGCUGUCAAGGCAACCGCAAAUUCUGCAGCAGAAACGAUGGAAGAUAAAUAUACAGAGGUUAUGCUGAGUCUAAAAGAGAAAUUUAGAAAGAGAAGUGUUUUCUGUAAUCAUAUGGGGCAAAAUGGAAAAGGCACCUCAGUAUAACCUUUCUAAAGUCUUGGGUUGUGUUGGUUGUUUAAGUGCCGUGGAAGGUGAUGUGGCAACUCAUGGCACCAUAUAAACUAAACACCAUCGGAAAGGCAAAGGAGUUCCAUCUGCUCUACUUAUUGCCAAUUAGCUGUUAAUGAAACACAGAUAUUUGUAAAUUUUAUGCAACAAAUGCGAACUUAUCAUUAUUUUGAAAUUGUGUACGUAAAAGUUAUAUUUUUACAUGUAGACUCUUGUUAUGUGUUUAGAAUAUGUUGUAUCCGUUUUUAAGAAAAAAAAUAAUUCAGUGUGUGUUGAAAAUGUGUCACAUUGAAAAUGUAGUGAGAUUCAAGCUUCAAAAAAAAAAUCUUUCAAUUUUAUGUUUAUAUUGGGAACAUUUUUGGGUGAAAAAACAGAACAAAAUAUGGUAUUUAAGAUUAUGUGUCAUGCUCAUCUACAUUGCAGUUAGAAGUGUAUUUGGAAACAAAUUGUGUAUAUAGUCAUAUAAAAACAGGGUUAAGUGUCUUCGGUAAAGAGAAAAAUUGUUUGACUUAAGACCUGGAGGUGGAUCAAUUGAGUUGUAUAAUUGCUGUGCUUCUAUCGAUCACGUGAGCCAAGUGCCAAAAUAAGUAAUGAAGUGCAUUCAUUACAGCUAUGCACACUGGGCACAUAUCUGUUCUGCACAAGUGUAUUGCCCUCUGUCCAAUUGAGUGAGAGCAUCAAUUACAGAUUACAUUGGUUGAACUCUGCUUUUGUUGAAGUGGAUCUAAAAGGAAGGGGUAUAUGAAUGCAAUCAUAUAAGUGCAUUCAAUAAUAAAAAAAGGACGAGGAAUCAAGCUCAAUAACCAAUACUUUACAGCCAUUAAUAUUUUCUAAAAGUUGAAAGGGAAGUUUGAAAACUUCAUUUUUUUCAUUAGGUACUCAUAUACAGGUGCAUUCCAGUUAGAACGGACCCUGUUAGAGUUCUGUGAACAAUGUACUGAGAAGGCAUGUCCCUGCCAAACAACAUGGGUUUUAACAGUGAAUUACUCUGGUUAAAACAGACUCAUUUAUAACGAAUAUACUAUUUAAUACAUACAGUUUUCCUGUUCCAUAGGCAUGUCUUUUGCAUUUAAUAUGUACUGUUUAAACGUACAGUUUUCCUGUUCCACAGGUAGAUAUUUUGCUCAAAUUAGCUACAUCCAGGACAGUAAAUGACAGUCACGGCGGCAUUUGUGACGUCAGGAAAAACAGGAAAAACAGUUGCUAUUUAUUCUUCCGUGUUUUUGUUGGCACAGUCGUUGUACAGUUUAAAUGUAUAAUGGAUACAAUUUUGAUCGCAUUCAGCAAAAAAAAAAAAAAAAAAAAAGUAAAAUGGUACAACUUAUUACAUUAUACGUUCAAAUAAUAAUAAACUCCUGUUCUUUGGCAGUUAAGCUUUCUUGUAUUGUUUAUAUUGAGCUACUUAUGUUCGC